AUGGUUGAAACUAGCGAGGGGAUUGCUAAUAAUAGUGCAUAUACAAAUGGAUUGGUUCGAAGUGGAAAUGGUUCUGUAGAGGAGAAGAUUGAUGAGAUUCGACAAUUAUUUGGGAAAGCAGAUGGCGAUCCAUUGAGGAUUGUUGGGGUAGGCGCAGGGGCUUGGGGUAGUGUGUUUGCAGCAAUGCUGCAAGAUGCAUAUGGGAGUUUUCGCGACAAGGUUCAGAUUAGGAUAUGGAGGAGAGCUGGGAGGUCUGUUGAUAGAGCCACAGCUGAGCAUCUAUUUGAGGUGAUCAAUUCGAGGGAAGAUGUGCUGAGGAGGCUCAUAAGACGAUGUGCAUAUUUGAAGUAUGUGGAAGGGAGACUAGGCGAUCGAAUGCUGUAUGCAGAUGAGAUUUUGAAAGAUGGGUUUUGCUUGAAUAUGAUUGACACUCCACUCUGCCCUUUAAAAGUCGUCACUAACUUGCAAGAGGCAGUGUGGGAUGCUGAUAUUGUUAUUAAUGGAUUGCCAUCUACGGAAACUCGUGAAGUGUUUGAAGAAAUUAGUAGGUAUUGGAAGGAAAGGAUUACAGUGCCUGUCAUCAUUUCUUUAGCGAAAGGAAUAGAAGCUGAGUUAGAGCCUGAACCACGUAUAAUCACUCCAACUCAGAUGAUCAAUCGAGCAACUGGAGUGCCAAUGGAUAACAUUCUCUAUCUUGGUGGACCUAAUAUUGCAUCAGAAAUUUACAACAAGGAAUAUGCCAAUGCUCGGAUUUGUGGAGCAGAAAAAUGGAGGAAAUCACUAGCAAGGUUUCUGAGGCAGCCUCAUUUUAUUGUUUGGGAUAAUGUCGACCUUUUUACUCAUGAAGUCAUGGGUGGGUUGAAAAAUGUAUACGCAAUUGGGGCAGGCAUGGUGGCAGCUUUAACUAACGAAAGUGCAACAAGCAAGUCGGUAUACUUUGCUCAUUGUACAUCAGAGAUGAUCUUUAUUACCCAUCUUUUGGCAGAAGAACCUGAAAAGCUUGCAGGUCCUCUAUUGGCUGACACUUACGUGACCUUGUUGAAAGGUCGUAAUGCAUGGUAUGGUCAGAAGUUGGCCAAACAAGAAUUAAGCCUUGAUAUGGGUGAUAGCAUCAAAGGCAAGGGAAUGAUUCAGGGAGUUUCUGCUGUAAAAGCUUUCUAUGAGCUACUUGGUCAAUCUCGUUUAAGUAUCGUUCACCCCAAUGAAAACAACCAUGUUGCUCCGGUCGAGCUAUGUCCCAUCCUGAAGACACUGUAUAAAAUACUUAUAGUGAGAGAGGUGUCCUCAGAGGCAAUCCUUGAAACUUUAAGAGAUGAAACCAUGAAUGAUCCUCGAGAACGCAUUGAGAUUGCGCAGAGCCAGCAUAUCUAUAGACCCUCUCUACUCAGAAAAUAG